AUGAAGUUCUCCGCACUUGCCGGCUUGUCCCUCGCGGGUGCAGCCGCGGCUGCCAAUAUUCCUGCCAUCGAGAUCAAGGGCAAGAAGUUCUUCUAUUCCAACAAUGGUACUGAAUUCUUCAUUCGCGGUAUUGCCUACCAGGCCGACUACUCGAGCACCUCCUCGGGCGGCAACAGCAGCUCCAGUGUCAACUACGUCGACCCUUUGGCCGACAUUAAGACCUGCAAGCGUGAUAUUCCCUACUUGACUGCCCUUCGUACCAACGUCGUCCGCACCUACGCUGUCGACCCGGAGGCGAACCACGAUGAGUGCAUGUCCGCCCUGGCCGAUGCCGGCAUCUAUGUCAUCUCGGAUCUCUCUGCGCCUUCCGAGUCUAUUGUGUCCAAUGACCCCAAGUGGGAUGCGGACCUGUUCACUCGCUACUCCAAGGUCGUCGAUGCCUUCGCCAAAUACGACAACGUCAUCGGUUUCUUCGCCGGUAACGAAGUCGCCAACGAGGUCAACAACACGGCUUCCAUGGCCUACGUCAAGGCCGCCGUCCGUGACAUGAAGAGCUACAUCAAGACCAAGAAUUACCGCAGCUCGCUCGCCAUUGGCUAUGCCACGGAUGAUGACCAGACCGUCCGUGAGCAGAUCUCCAACUACCUCGUCUGCGACACCAGCGAUGAUUCGAUCGACUUCUUCGGUUACAACAUUUAUGAGUGGUGCGGUGAUUCCAGCUACUCGACCUCCGGCUACAAGGACCGCACCGACGAGUUUAAGGACUAUCCUGUUCCCGCUUUCUUCUCCGAGUAUGGCUGCAACCAGCCUUCUCCUCGCAAGUUCACUGAUGUGCCUGUUCUCUACGGCCCCGACAUGAACGAUGUUUGGGCUGGCGGCAUUGUCUACAUGUACUUUGAGACGGACAACCACUUCGGCCUGGUCUCUGCUGAUGGCGACAAGAUCAAGACUCUGGCGGACUACUCCAACCUGUCUAGCCAGAUGAAGAAGGCUACCCCCACUGGUGUCAAUAGUGCCAGCUACGCCGCCACCACCACCGUUGGUCGUAGCUGCCCCACUGUUGAUUCGACCUACUGGUUGGCUGCCAGUGCUCUGCCUCCCUCGCCUAACGCGGAUCUUUGUGCCUGCAUGUACAACGAGCUGGAGUGUGUUCCUGUUGACGGGAUCUCCACCAAGCAGAUGACCAACACCUUCAACUUCCUGGGUGGUGUUCCCGGUGUGAUGGACGGCGUCUCUCACAACGCCACCACCGGCAAGUACGGCGGUUACUCCAUGUGCAACACCAAGCAGCGUCUGGCGUGGGCGAUGAACCGCUACUACCAGAAGAACGGCAAGUCGUCGGAUGCCUGUGGAUUCAAGGGUGCGGCCACCGUGACCAGCACCACCAAGGCCUCUUCUUGCUCCGCCCAGUCCUCUGCCAUGAGUGCCAUUGGCACUGCUGGCCGUAACAACGUCAGCGGAGGCCCGGCUGCUGCCUCUGGCACUGCCACUGGCGGUUCUACUUCCACCUCCCAGGGCGCUGGCGCCGCUACCUUUGGUCCCCAGGCUGUCUUCGUUGGCUCGUGGCAGACCGGUGCUUAUGCCGUUGCCGCGGUUGCCUCUGGUCUGUUCAUGCUCAUGCUGUAA